CAACCCUGUAGAGUAACCUGUUCAUGUUCCAACCAUAAUUUGGCAAGCCAGAUUCUACUCAUUAGUAGCUCAAUGAGAUCUGUGGCUGUUGAAUGAGGUGUGCUUUAUUCGGGUUUGAGUGAAAACCGACCGGACGGUAGACUUCCAAAAACAGGAUUGGGCACCCCUGUGCUACACCCUUGAUUCUAACCAGGGGUCCUCACUGUUGUCGUUGGGCAGACAUUUUAGGGUAAAAAAAAAUAUUUAUGCUUGGCUAUACAACUUUGAAUUAUAGUUUUAGGAUUCCAAUGCUUUGGUUUUCCCGAAGAAAACUUGCGAGGUUAUUUAUUAGUGUUCGCUUCAUUCUUUUUUUUUUUUUUUAAAGAAAACGCAUGGCAUUGCCGCGUCCGACUAACGUCGAAGUCUUCAGCGGACAUGCUGGACCAAUCCUGUCCUUGUGCGACUAUUUUUGGCCUCUGAUUGGUUGUAAGGAUACAAUAUAUAGAUGUGCUUAACACGAUUGGGAAUUGUUACGUUGUUUGACAGGGGCAGUGUGACUCUCAGUUAUUUUUCAGAAUUACUGAAACGAUAGCGUUCCAGCUUUCACCUGCACAUCGAGAGGCAAAAAUUGGGCUGAACGACCCCAUGCUGUGCUAUAUCCUGGAUGGGGUGCUGCUGCUGUACGGUCUGGUCAUCACGGGGCUCUUCUUCAGAGAGAGAUACUUCAAGCCGACUAAGGCCGACUCCAAAGAUGACGGUAUCUAUAUGGGCCUGAACAAAGCAGCCGACGCGUACGACGUCCUGAGGCCCUCGGGCGACGCCGAGAGUGGAGCCGGAACCUCGCGAGGGAAGCGCAGGCAGGGUGAUGAUGAGACGUACACGCCCCUUCAGAAAGGAACCGAGGAUAACUACAAAGAGAUUGGAGUAAAGAAGGAGCGCCGCAGAAACAGAAAUGAACAGGUGUACCAGGGUCUGAGCACCGCCACCAAGGACACCUACGACAGCCUGCACAUGCCGCAACUGCCACCACGCUAAGAAACGGCAGGGUGACCUUUGACCUUAAGACCCCCUGACCUUUCCAUGCCGGCACAAUGACCAAUCCCUGGCUCUCACAGUAGAGUGCAGCUUUCUGUUCUAUGUUGCUGGGCAAAGUCCAUUCCUUCCAGCAGCAACAGUGUGCCCAGUUUUAUCAUAUAAAAACAAUGAAUUACAUUCAUUGGCCCAUUGGCAAAUAAACAAUUUCAGCCAAGUGAAACAAAACUCCGCUAAAUUUUAGGUGAAUUUCAGUUCAGGUCAAUUACUGCCAAUUUCCUCCCCAAACACCAAUAAUUUUCAGCCUUUUCACAUGAAUGUGAAAAAUGUAUUUUGAAAGGCAGCCCCCCCUGCCAUGUAUUGAUAUUUAAAUUAUUAAUAUCACAGUCCAAACCAGGUUUAAACCUGGCAUGUCCAAUCGUAUCCAGAAACAGGGCCAGUCGGGGUGCACCACGCCUGAAUUAACUAUUUAACUAACCAUGGCCUUCAAUCAAGACCAAGUAGAACCAGGUGUCUCAGUGCCGGGCUAAAACACAAACCUGCAUCCACACCGACCCUUUUCGGGUAAGACUGGACACCACCACCGGUUUAAACACUUUUUGUCCUGGGGAGUGAAGCAUUUAAAGGUUGAAGAUGAUGAUUAUGGGGACCAUUACUCUCCAUUACACCAAAACCUGGUCCUCUUACUGUCCCUUAUACUGGACCGCCUGAGUUUUGAAGAGUAUCAGAGUAAAUGGGGGGUAAGAAUCUAGCAAAAGCUCCAUGUUUAUACAGCAAGCAUUUUUUAUAGGCCGGUUGUAAAUAAGUUGCACAAAUAAGCUCAAUCAUAUUGGGGGGGGGGGGGUGGGGGGGAAGCUUUCGGCUCAUUCAAGUUGUUGUAAUUUUCUCAAUGUGAUAUGUGUAGAAAUUAAAUAAAAAUGCUUUUAGCCAUUUAAA